AUGAGUUCCCUAUUAAUAUCAUACGAAUCAGAUUUCAAAACAACCUUAGAACAGGCUAAAGUGAGCUUAUCGGAGGCCCCCUCACAACCGUUGUCACAGAGAAAUAAUACACUGAAGCAUGUAGAACAGCAACAAGAGGAGUUGUUUGACCUGCUGGAUCAGAUGGACGUAGAAGUUAAUAACAGUAUAGGCGAUGCUUCAGAACGCGCUACAUACAAGGCGAAAUUAAGAGAAUGGAAGAAGACCAUACAGAGCGAUAUCAAAAGACCACUACAGUCUCUAGUGGACUCAGGCGAUCGCGAUAGACUUUUUGGAGAUCUUAACGCAUCUAAUAUUGAUGAUGACCAAAGGCAACAGUUGUUGAGCAACCAUGCAAUUUUACAGAAAUCAGGAGAUAGAUUAAAAGAUGCCAGUAGAAUAGCAAAUGAAACUGAAGGAGUAGGGUCACAAAUAAUGAUGGAUUUAAGGUCACAGAGAGAGACUUUGGAAAACGCAAGGCAAACCUUGUUUCAAGCAGAUUCAUACGUGGAUAAGAGCAUAAAAACACUAAAAACAAUGACUAGAAGGCUGGUUGCCAACAAAUUUAUAAGCUAUGCUAUUAUUGCCGUCCUAAUAUUAUUGAUUUUGCUAGUUUUGUUUUCAAAAUUUAAGUAA